UGCUCCGGAAUUCUCACCGGCAUUCGGAGGGUUGGUGUUGCUGCUCAGCACGGGGGCUCAGAAGCCCUUCCCACGCCCCCGUUAUCCUCAGCCUCCCCAGGCUCCAUCCGGCAGGAGGGAGCAGACAGUGGGCCCUGCCUCCUGGCCUUGAGACCAGAGGACGGCCCGGGAUUUGAAGCAGGUGAACGUCUGAGCUGCUUCUGCCAGUGCAGCCUUCAUUCCGAAGAAGCAGGGCCAGCGUGCCCCAGUGUGCAGGGGGGCAGCUGGCUUUUCCCGUCUGCAGAGCUCCGUCUCCUGUGCCACUCCCCAGGAGGGGCGUGCUGUCUCGGGCCAGCGUGACCCCCGUUUCCCUGCUGCUGAAGGGGAGGGCCCCCUCUCUCUGGGCCUUGGCCUCUGUCUGUCAAAUGAUGUUCUGUCAUGUAAACUUUCUUUUGAAAACGAGUUCUGUGGAUAGAACAAGGUUAGAAACGCCACCCAACACAGCGGCUUGCGACUGUCCUGGAGCCAGACAGGUGGAGGAGAGACCUCGGGGCUGGGCCAGGUCAGCUGACUCCAGAGUGGACACCAGCCAGCAGCCAUGUGGAGACCCGGGCCCAUGCCGAGGAGCGGCUCCUGAAGAAACUCUUCUCCGGUUACAACAAGUGGUCCCGACCCGUGGCCAACAUCUCGGACGUGGUCCUUGUCCGCUUCGGCUUGUCCAUUGCUCAGCUCAUUGAUGUGGACGAGAAGAACCAGAUGAUGACCACGAACGUAUGGGUGAAGCAGGAGUGGCAUGACUACAAGCUGCGCUGGGACCCAGCUGACUACGAGAACGUCACCUCCAUCCGCAUUCCCUCCGAGCUCAUCUGGCGGCCGGACAUCGUCCUCUACAACAAGGAGAAGUGGAAAUGCCCAGGAUGGGCUGGGCAGAGAAGCAGCUCUGGGUGCCUGUACACAGCCCUCCAGGAAUGCAGCCCCCAGGAACAAAGCCUGGCUGGGGUUGUCACCGAGGCUUUCUCUGGACAGGACCUGGGGUUCCUGGAGUCGGUGCUGGUGCUGGGGUCUGCUCCCACUGAGGCCUGUUUCUGGGGCAGCAGUGCUGAUGGGGACUUCGCAGUCACCCACCUGACCAAGGCCCACCUGUUCCAUGACGGGCGGGUGCAGUGGACGCCCCCGGCCAUCUACAAGAGCUCCUGCAGUAUCGACGUCACCUUCUUCCCCUUCGACCAGCAGAACUGCACCAUGAAAUUCGGCUCCUGGACCUACGACAAGGCCAAGAUCGACCUGGUGAAUAUGCACAGCCACGUGGACCAGCUGGACUUCUGGGAGAGUGGUGAGUGGGUCAUCGUGGACGCCGUGGGCACCUACAACACCAGGAAGUACGAGUGCUGUGCUGAGAUCUACCCGGACAUCACCUACGCCUUCGUCAUCCGGCGGCUGCCGCUCUUCUACACCAUCAACCUCAUCAUUCCCUGCCUGCUCAUCUCCUGCCUCACCGUGCUGGUCUUCUACCUGCCCUCCGAGUGCGGCGAGAAGAUCACGCUGUGCAUCUCCGUGCUGCUGUCGCUCACCGUCUUCCUGCUGCUCAUCACCGAGAUCAUCCCGUCCACCUCGCUGGUCAUCCCGCUCAUCGGCGAGUACCUGCUGUUCACCAUGAUCUUCGUCACCCUGUCCAUCGUCAUCACGGUCUUCGUGCUCAACGUACACCACCGCUCGCCGCGCACACACACCAUGCCCGCCUGGGUACGCAGGGUCUUCCUGGACAUCGUGCCGCGCCUGCUCCUCAUGAAGCGGCCGUCCGUGGUCAAGGACAAUUGCCGGCGACUCAUUGAGUCCAUGCACAAGAUGGCCAGUGCCCCGCGCUUCUGGCCUGAGCCGGAGGGGGAGCCCGCCGCCACAAGCGGCACCCAGAGCCGGCACCCGCCCUCGCCGUCCUGUGUCCCCCUGGAUGUGCCGGCUGAGUCUGGGCCUGCCUGCAAGUCGCCCUCCGACCAGCUCCCCGCUCUGCAGCCCCCGGAAGCUGAGAAAGCCAGUCCCCACCCCUCGCCUGGACCCUACCGCCCACCCCACAGCACCCAGGCACCAGGGCUGGCCAAAGCCAGGUCCCUCAGCAUCCAGCACAUGUCCAGCCCUGGAGAAGCGGUGGAAGGUGGUGUCCGGUGCCGGUCUCGGAGCAUCCAGUACUGUGUUCCCCGAGACAAUGCCGCCCCCGAGGCGGACGGCCAGGCUGCCGGCGCCCUGGCCUCUCGCAAGACCCACUCGGCUGAGCUCCCGCCCCCAGACCAGCCCUCUCCGCGCAAAUGCACCUGCGGGAAGGAGCCCCCUUCUGUGUCCCCAAGCGCCACGCUCAAGGCCCGCAGCACCAAAGCACCGCCCCAGCACCUGCCCCUGUCGCCGGCCCUGACCCGGGCGGUGGAGGGUGUCCAGUACAUCGCGGACCACCUGAAGGCCGAAGACGCAGACUUCUCGGUGAAGGAGGACUGGAAGUACGUGGCCAUGGUCAUCGACCGUAUCUUCCUGUGGAUGUUCAUCAUCGUUUGCCUGCUGGGGACCGUGGGCCUCUUCCUGCCGCCCUGGCUGGCUGGCAUGAUCUAGGAAGGGACCAGGAGCCUGCGUGGCCUGCGGCUGCAGCACACGGGGUCGGCGUCCAUGCGGCCGGCCUGGGGCCAGGCUGGCUCCUCCCUGGACUCUGCAGGGCCACACGUUUGCCACAUUAUCCUUCCUGUUCUGUGUCUACUGUAAGACGGCCUUGGACAGGGACACAGCCUCUGGGGAGACUGAGUGCGGAGCUGCUUCCAGCUGGGCUGAGGCCCCAGGAGGCAGCGGCUUGGAGCAGCGGCUUGGAGCAGCGCCUUCUACCUGCAGGACUCGGGUUAGGUCCAGUGCAAGUCUCCUGAGCUCCCCUGCAGGUGGGACUCCCUCCUCCCGGUCCCUCAGCAGACCCGGCGAUGUCCCGACUGCCCCGAGGGGCCCUUGAAGGGACUUCAUGCUCCUUCUGCCCCAAGUGUCCCGUCUUCUGGAGGCCUGAGCACCUCUCCCACCCACCGCGUCCUGCCCCAUGUGGGCCUCAGCUUCUCCCCCACGGUCCUCGGGCCUCGCUGGCCCCAUAAGCGUGAGCCAGCGGCGUUCCAAUCUCCUUCACUAGGAGUGGGUCCAGGCAGGGAUUGUGUUCGGCUGUGUUUUGGGUAAGUUAGAACUCAAGUCUUGUGCCCGAGGACCCUUGGAGAACAGAGCUUUGUGGAGCUGGUCCCGCGUGGGGAGAAUCGGGUGGCAGGCCCUCCACGGGGGACAGGAGCACCCAGCCCCAGAGAGUCCCGAGACCAGGGCUCUGCCAUCCCGGUGUGGGGCCAGGGCUCUGUGGCAGGUGGCCAGGGCUCCACAGGGGCCUAGUGGCUCUGGCCCCGGGAUUACUUCUGUGUUGUGAUUUCCCAGGGCUGGGAGGGUCCCGAAUGGAGCCCAGACCCGGGCCCUGGUUCCCCCAGGACCCUGAGGGUUUCUGCCUUGGUGCACAGCCCGGGAGAUCCGCCCAGGGCUCUGGGUUUGGGAAGAAGGAUUUCCCAUCACAGUAGCCUUGGGGAGCUGGUGGGGGCAUCCCUGAGAACCUCCACCCAGGAGAUGCUGGGACCCUCGGGGCAGGAAGCUCCUGAGAAACCUCGUGGGGGUCAGGGAGCCCUGGGGUUUCCACACAGACCUGUGCCCUCCAUCCUGGCAGGGCAAGCAGGGCUAAGCAGGGCCUCACCCCUGCAGGCGGUACCCAGAGGUGGGGGAGGCCUGAAGUGUCUCCAGGCAUGACCCUGGAGCCCGGCAGUGCACCCCCUGAAGACGGCGCACCUGGCAGGCCCCCAGCGUCCCCAGGGGCUCACUUCCCCCGGGGGGUGGGCACAGGCUGCCCCACCCCUCCAUGAUUCUAAGGGCUCAGAGGGGCGGGGCCAGGACGGCGUGUCCCUUGCCUGCAAGUGACGUUGGUUCAGGAAGGCAGUCAGGAAACCUCCCACUGAGUGGUCCACAUUCUGCCACCACUAGACCCCAUCCAGCCCGGGGCGGGGCUGGGGUCAGGCCCUGUGUCCCACUGUGUCUCAUCCGUCUGUCCCUGAGCCAAACUCUCCUGGGCCAGGGUCUCCUCAGAAGGUGUCUGAGAGCAGAAUGAAUAAUUGAAGUUUGGAACGCAGCACGCUGAGUGCCCAGGAAAUGCCACUGUGUCCCCACGGGCAGUGACAUGAGUGGGGAGGAGACUCAGGCUCACAUUGCCCACACCUGCCUCUGAACUGCUGCUGGUCACCCCCACCCCCAGGUGCCUGUGACUGGGGCUCUUGUGCCAGGAGUGGGUGGGACACAGAGACCCUCGUGCCAAAUCCUGGGCAUCCCCAGCCCCCCGGCCCCUCCACAUCCCCUGUGUAUUCAGGACUCCAUCUGCUGAACUCUGACCUGUCCCCGCUCCGCCAUCAGCCCCUGCUGCCCCUCGGCCAGAGCUCCCAGGAUGCAGAGAGACCCCAGACGGCCAGAGAACCCAGGAUGCAGGGAGACCCUGGGCGAGUGAGGUCAUCCUGGGGCCAUGGAAGCUGGCAGGAGACACUGGUCUCAGAGGAGGGAGAGAGACGCAGAUUUCAGAUAUAAGAAGCCGGAUCCGCAUUGCAUAAGCAGAUCCAGCUGCCAGAUGUGUGGGCAGCUGCAGGGAGCGGCCCGGGGUGCUGGGCCCAGCUGUGGUUGUUCUUUUCUGGGUCGGGAGCGACUGCGGAGUGGCUGGGACGCUCCUGCUGGGGGACCCUCCUGCUGGGGGUGGCCGCUUGCCUGGGGGAAGACUCCUUUCCCUUUCUUCUUCUUUUCUUCUUUAUAUAUAUAUUUUUUGAGGCUCAAAAAAAAAAAAUCCAAAUAAAGCACCAUAUUCCCACCACACCAAAUUAACCUGGACAACAAUGUUGGCGUAUUUGCGUCCACUGUUGUUUUUAUUAAUUAAGGUAAAAUUUACGUAUGGUGAGAUGCAUGCUCUUCAGCGGGGACCCCAGCCCCUAGAAGGUCCCUCCAGCCCUUCCUGUUGGCGUCCCUUCCCCAUUUGUGGCUCUGACUUAAGCACGGUGGAUUGACCUCUCCGGCUCAUGACCUUCAAGGAGUCAGAAUGCUGCAGUUGGAGCCUUUGAUGUCUGGCUUCUUGAUCAUAUGACUUAGAGCUUCAUCCGUGCUGUUGUGUGUGUCUGUAGCUCAUUGCUACUUGUUCCUUCGUUUUUAAUUGUGAGCAGUGUUCUGCUGUCCGAAUAAACUAAGACAUAGUUUGUCCA